AUGGAUGCUAGAAACUUGUUGAGGUUCCUAGUUCUUUCGUUUGGUUUAACACUAGUUUUACUUCUUACCUGGUUUCACCUUCCAACAUCAUUCCUUAACAAGGAAACUCUAGACUGCAAUAUUUACUCUGGAUGGUGUACCUCUAAGAACCGUUUUCAAUCUUCAAAUCCAAUCAAUAAACCAACAUUCUCAACUCAUAACCAAAAACCGCGACACGAAUCCGAUGUUCCUCGCCACCCUUUAGAUCCUUUAACCAUCAAAGAAUUCAACGAGGUUCGCGCGAUACUGUCUGAACACCCUCUCUUUAAGUCCUCAAACAGUUACACUCUCAAUUCUGUUGUUUUAGAUGAACCGGAGAAAGAACUUGUCCUCAAAUGGAGAAAGGGUCAACCGUUACUUCCUAGGAAAGUUUCUGUGGUUGCACUUGUGAAAGGUGUUGUUCAUACUCUUGUUAUUGACCUUAGCACAAGGCAAGUAACCAAUGAAACAAGGUCACCUUCUUCUGGAUACCCUACUAUGACGGUCGAGGAUAUGCAAAGUGUAUCUGAUGUUCCGUUGAAGAGCAAAGAAUUCAACCGCACCAUCAUUAAACGCGGUGUGAAUUUAUCAGACCUGUUGUGCCUUCCACUUGCUGCAGGGUGGUAUGGAACACCGGUCGAAGAGAAUAGAAGGUUGAUUAAGGUGCAGUGUUACUCAAGCAAAGGAACUGUGAAUUUCUAUAUGAAGCCAAUAGAAGGUUUAACCGUGUUGGUUGAUAUGGAUAAAAAAGAGGUUGUGUCCAUUACAGAUAAUGGAGUAAACAUUCCUGUUGCAAAUGGUAUCGACACUGAUUACCGUUACUCGGUUCAGAAGCUCAACGGAGAGUCGAACUACCUGAUAAAUCCGAUAUCAUUGGAACAACCAAAAGGUCCAAGCUUCACAGUUGAUGGACAUAUAGUGAAAUGGGCUAAUUGGGAGUUUCAUUUGAAACCUGACCCUAGAGCUGGAAUCAUUAUUUCUCAAGCCAAGGUGAGAGAUACAGAUUCAUCAGAGAUGAGAAAUGUUAUCUACAAAGGGUUCACUUCUGAACUUUUUGUGCCUUAUAUGGACCCUACUGAUGCAUGGUAUUUCAAGACAUACAUGGAUGCUGGUGAGUAUGGAUUUGGUUUGCAAGCAAUGCCUUUAGACCCUUUGAAUGAUUGUCCAAGAAAUGCUUACUACAUGGAUGGACUAUUUGCUUCUGCUGAUGGAACACCCUUUGUCCAACCAAACAUGAUUUGCAUUUUUGAGAGUUAUGCUGGUGACAUUGCUUGGCGGCACGCCGAGUGUCCAAUCACUGACAUGAAGGUUAAAGAAGUGAGGCCAAAGGUGACAUUGGUGGUUAGAAUGGCAGCAGCAGUGGCAAACUAUGACUACAUCAUAGAUUGGGAGUUUCAAACCGAUGGACUAAUCCGAUCCAAGGUUGGACUAAGUGGUAUCUUGAUGGUGAAAGGAACAACCUAUGAGAACAUGAACCAAGUACCAGACCAAGAGUAUCUCUACGGAACACUUUUAAGCGAAAACAUUAUCGGCGUAAUCCAUGAUCAUUUCAUCACAUAUUACCUUGACAUGGACAUUGAUGGCUCAGACAAUUCAUUCAUAAAGGUAAACAUAAAGAAACAAGAAACCUCUCCAGGAGAGUCGCCGAGAAAGAGUUACCUGAAAGCUGUGAGAAAAGUGGCUAAGACAGAAAAAGAUGCUCAAAUAAAGCUUCAACUAUAUGAUCCAUCUGAAUUUCAUGUGGUGAACCCUUUGAAGAAAACAAGGCUGGGGAAUCCUGUUGGGUACAAAUUGGUUCCGGGUGCUACAGCGGCUAGCUUACUUGAUCAUGAAGAUAAAGCUCAAAAGAGAGCAGCUUUUACAAAUAAUCAAAUAUGGGUUACUCCUUAUAACAAAAGUGAGCAAUGGGCUGGUGGAUUGCUUGUUUAUCAGAGCCAAGGCGAUGAUACUCUUCAAGUGUGGUCGAACAGGGAUCGUCCAAUCGAGAAUAAGGACAUUGUGUUGUGGUACACAGUAGGUUUCCAUCAUGUACCAAGUCAAGAGGACUAUCCUAUAAUGCCUACUGUAUCUGCAAGUUUCGACCUGAAGCCUGUGAAUUUCUUUGAAAGAAAUCCAAUCCUAAGAAUGCCACCAAAUUUCCAAGAGGAUUUACCUGUUUGCAAGGCACAAGAUUCAGCUUAA